GUCUCGGAAACCGGUAGCGCUAGCAGCAUGGUUGACCAACUGACUGAAGAGCAGAUUGCAGAAUUCAAAGAAGCUUUUUCACUAUUUGACAAGGAUGGUGAUGGAACUAUAACAACAAAGGAAUUGGGAACUGUAAUGAGGUCUCUUGGGCAGAAUCCCACAGAAGCAGAGUUACAGGACAUGAUUAAUGAAGUAGAUGCUGAUGGUAAUGGCACAAUUGACUUCCCUGAAUUUCUGACAAUGAUGGCAAGAAAAAUGAAAGACACAGACAGUGAAGAAGAAAUUAGAGAAGCAUUCCGUGUGUUUGAUAAGGAUGGCAAUGGCUAUAUUAGUUCAGCAGAGCUUCGCCAUGUGAUGACAAACCUUGGAGAGAAGUUAACAGAUGAAGAGGUUGAUGAAAUGAUCAGGGAAGCAGAUAUUGAUGGUGAUGGUCAAGUAAACUAUGAAGAGUUUGUACAAAUGAUGACAGCAAAGUGAAGACAUUGUACAGAAUGUGUUAAAUUUCUUGUACAAAAUUGUUUAUUUGCCUUUUCUUUGUUUGUAACUUAUCUGUAAAAGGUUUCCCCCUACUGUCAAAAAAAUAUGCAUGUAUAGUAAUUAGGACUUCAUUCCUCCAUGUUUUCUUCCCUUAUCUUACUGUCA